AUGAAGGCUGCUGUUAUAUUUUCAGUAUUUUUAUCUGUUUUUCACAAUACACAAGGUUUGUUACCUCCUAGAUUUCAAUGGAAAAUCUUAGACUAUGCAUGGGAGGGCCAUGCGCGAGAAGCCGCAUUAGUUUCAGGCGCGUAUAUUCCUGAGAAUAAUAUGCCUACAGGAAUAACAAGAUGGAAAAAUAAAUUGUUCAUUACGGUACCUCGAUGGAAAAAAGGAGUACCAUCAUCCCUGAACUACAUCUACGUAAAUGGAAGUCAAACCCAGCCGUUGAACCCUUACCCAAGUUGGAGCGAAGCGUUUGUGUCAGACAAAAGUUGCUGCAUAAGUUCCAACAGUACUGUCGUAUCCACUUUUCGCAUUCACGUGGAUAAAUGUGAUCGAUUGUGGGUAGUUGAUAAUGGCGUCGCUGAUAUGACGAAGGCGUUGAAACAAAUAGCUGCGCCAGCCAUUGUCGUGUUUGAUUUAAAUAAUAACAGACUGAUACACCGCUAUGUGUUGGAAGACGAAGUUUUAAGAGAUUCGUCGGUUUUAACGAGUAUUGUUGUCGACAUUAUUGGCAAGGGUUGCGACAAUACUUACGCGUAUAUCCCCGAUAUGGGUUCCAACGCGUUAAUAGUGUACAGUUUGGGAGGAAACGAAGCGUGGCGGGUGAAAAAUCAUUACUUUCAUUUCGACCCCCACUCGGGCGUGUAUAACGUGGGCGGGGUUAAGUUCUACUGGAGUGAUGGAGUAUCUUCAGCGGUUUUGGUACCAUCGAGGAAAACUUCUAGUUACCGAGACUUGUAUUUUCAUCCUACAUCGAGUACAAAACAAUUCCGUAUGUCAACGAGGCUGUUGAGAGAUGAAAGCUCCGCCACUGAGAACAGUUUUAUUGGAGUCCAAGUGUUGGGCGACAGGGGGCCCUUGUCUCAAGCGACGGCUUGCGACUACGACCAUUCUAACAAUGUCAUAUUUUAUACGCAGUUGAGCAGAAACGGCGUGAGUUGUUGGAACUUGGACAGACAGAUGACUGCAGGCAACGUUCCACUCGUUGUAAGUGAUUGCACGAUAUUGGAAUUUCCGAGUGAUGUCAAGAUUGACAAAGAUUCUAAUCUAUGGAUUCUAAGUAAUAGACAAUCGCGUUUCCUCUAUGGCUCUAUGGAUUUUAAUCAAAUUAACUUCAGAGUAUUAACUGCUCCGGUUGGGACGAUUAUAAAAGGCACAGCAUGUGAAAGGCCGUCUGCGGUGGAGAAAGCUCUGAGUUUCAUUAUAAGACCAAAAUCUCAAUAA